AUGUUUACUAAUUAUGCUUGCAAUGCAGAGUCUGAACCAAAUAAAAUAUUGAUUGAGGAUAAUGUUUUGUGUGUUGCGAAGAAGAUUGGAGGAGCAGUGGUAAUAGGGACAGGUGCCGUUGCUUUAGUACCCGUUGCUCUUAGUGCCGCUGGUUUAGGCAAUGCAGGUAUACCAGCUGGAUCAUUAGCAGCCAAGGCGAUGGCAAUAUCAGGUGUUGCUAAUGGUGGUGGAGUAGUCGCCGGAGGAGUUGUAGCCGGCCUUCAGUCAGCAGGAGCUGCUGGUUUGGGUGUUGGCACAACGGUUGCCGUUGGUACCACAUUUGGUGGUGUAUAUCGCUAUUCAAGGAUAGGAUGUUCAAACAAUGAAACUGAGUGCAUAAAAAAAAUAGAAGUAAGUUCAAUGUCUUAA